GUGAUAUUGAAGGGUGCAUUGGAAGAAUUAACACGUGCAAUAUUCGGCAAUGAAAUAAAAAUGCGCUGGGUGGAUGCUUAUUUCCCAUUCACACAUCCAUCAUUCGAAUUGGAGAUUUAUUACGAUAAUGAUUGGAUGGAGGUGCUGGGCUGUGGUGUUCUCGAACAGAAAUUGCUGAGUAUGGCUGGUGUUCGGGCCAGAGCUGGUUGGGCGUUUGGAAUCGGCUUGGAACGACUUGCGAUGGUUCUGUACGGUAUUCCGGAUAUCCGUCUGUUUUGGUCAACAGAUUCGGGAUUUAAAUCACAGUUCGCUGGAAUAAAACCGAAUGAUAGGGUGAAGUAUAAAGCGGUUAGUGUACAUCCUCAGUUGUAUUUGGAUUUGUCGUUCUGGUUAUGCGACGGGGUCAAUUCUGAAGAGAUGACCGCGAAUACGUACGACUUGAUUCGGUCGGUUGGCGGUGACCUCGUGGAACAGGUGAAUCUGAGUGAUUGUUACUUGAACAAAAAGACUGGUCGUUUAAGUCAGACCUAUCGAUUGGUGUAUCGCAGUAGUGAACGAGCAUUGACCAAGCACGAAGUGAACAUCCUCCAUAAACAAAUCGAACAUCAACUAACACAAAAGUAUCAUGUUCAGAUCAGAUAG